CUUAAAAUGAGGAGUACCGGUUUGGGAAUUAGGUUGGGAAUUGCAUUCUCUGUUGUCCUGAUGGUUGCAAUCAUAAUCACCAUCAAAAGAGAUUCCUUGACUCAGCUCUGUAGGAACCUGGUGUAUUUGCCCUCUCUGGCCAAACACAUGUCAUCGGUGGUGCCCAAGGAAAAUUAUGGAAGAAACUACACCAAGAAGACUAGUAGCUCCGUUGUAAAGGAGGAGGAGGUGUCUGAUGAUGAUCAUCAUGAAGGCAGUGGAAGAGCAUGAAACUCAGCAGCAAGAAGAUGCCAAAUCUAGAUGGACGUCUUGUAACCUUCCUCCUUCUGCUGCCCAGUUAGCAGCUGCCCUACAUGAUCCCAUGACUCUUGAUAUGGAUGCUGUCCUCUCAGACUUCGUUCAGUCCACGGGGGCAGAGCCUGGUCUAGCCAGAGACUUGUUGGAAGGCAAAAACUGGGAUUUCACUGCUGCUUUGAGUGACUAUGAACAGCUCAGGCAGGUGCAUACAGCCAACCUGCCCCAGGUGUUCAAUGAAGGAAGGUAUCCCAAACAGCAGCCACAGCAAAAGCCGGAUAAAGAACCUUCCCAACAGGUGAACAAGAGUGAGCGGCUCUCCUUUCCUAGACAGGAGGACAUCUCCCAAGAGAAGAGGCUUUCUAGAGGAAUCUCUCACGCCAGUUCCGCCAUUGUCUCACUCGCCCGCUCUCACGUGGCCACCGAAUGUAACAAUGACCAUUUCUCUCUGGAGAUGCCCAUCUACACCUUUCAACUUCCCGACCUCAGCGUUUACAGUGAAGAUUUCAGGAGCUUCAUUGAACGGGACCUGAUUGAGCAGGCCACCAUGAUUGCUUUGGAACAAGCUGGUCGUCUCAACUGGUGGUCAACGGCGUGUACCAGCUGCAAGCGUCUCCUUCCAUUGGCCACAACCGGGGAUGGAAACUGCCUCUUGCACGCUGCUUCUUUGGGGAUGUGGGGGUUUCACGACCGAGACCUUGUAUUACGGAAAGCACUUUACACCAUGAUGAGGAGUGGGGCCGAAAGGGAAGCUUUGAAGAGAAGGUGGAGGUGGCAGCAGACCCAGCAAAACAAAGAGUCAGGAUUGGUUUAUACGGAAGAAGAGUGGGAGCGAGAGUGGAAUGAACUGCUCAAGUUGGCCUCCAGUGAACCCCGCACUCACAUCAGCAAGAACGGAGGCAGCGGCGGUGGCGUGGAGAAUUCUGAAGAUCCCGUCUACGAGAGCCUGGAGGAGUUCCACGUUUUUGUGCUGGCCCAUAUAUUAAGGCGACCGAUUGUCGUUGUGGCAGAUACAAUGCUACGGGAUUCAGGAGGAGAAGCAUUUGCACCCAUCCCCUUUGGUGGAAUUUACUUGCCCUUGGAAGUCAUGCCCAACCGAUGCCAUUGCUCUCCCCUGGUCCUCGCUUAUGACCAAGCCCAUUUCUCGGCCCUCGUGUCAAUGGAACAGAAAGACCAACAGAAGGAGCAAGCGGUGAUCCCUCUGACCGAUUCUGAACAUAAAUUACUGCCUUUGCACUUUGCGGUUGACCCGGGCAAAGACUGGGAAUGGGGCACGGAUGACAGUGAUAACAUCAAAUUGGCCAAUUUGAUUCUGUCCCUGGAGGCAAAGCUUAACCUCCUGCACAGUUACAUGAACGUAACCUGGAUUCGCAUGCCGUCAGAAACACGGGCUCCCUUGGCUCAACCAGAGUCUCCUACGGCCUCAGCCGGAGAAGAUGUCCAGUCGCUGGCAGACUCCAUGGAUUCGGACAGGGAUUCCAUCUGUAGUAAUUCCAACGGCAAUAACGGCAAAAACGGGAAGGAGAAAGAGAAGCAGAGGAAGGACAAGGAGAAGAACCGAGGGGAUUCGGUGGCUAACAAACUUGGAAGUCUCAGCAAGACUCUGGGCAUCAAGCUGAAGAAGAACAUGGGUGGCCUUGGUGGGUUGGUCCAUGGCAAGAUCAACCGAGCCAACGCCGGGAACGGCAAAAACGGGGAGAUCGUGGAGAAGGCGAAAGAGAAGAAGUCGAAAUCGCGUAAAGGAAGCAAAGAGGAAUCGGGCCGCUCUGCGAGCACGUCCCCCUCGGAGAAGACCACCCCGUCGCCCACGGAGAAGGCGAGUAUCUCCCCUGCGGAGAAAGCCAACUCGAAAUCUCCAUCCGAGAAGCAGCCGGACUCCUGGAAAUACAGCACGGAUGUGAAGCUGAGCCUCAACAUCUUGAGAGCCGCCAUGCAAGGAGAGCGGAAGUUCAUUUUUGCCGGCCUUCUCCUGACCAGCCAUAGACACCAGUUCCACGAGGAGAUGAUUGGCCACUACCUGACCAGUGCCCAAGAGCGCUUCAGCGCCGAGCAAGAGCAGAAGAGGAAAGAGGCGGAGAAGAAGGCCGCGGCUCUCGGCAGCUCCUCCUCUCGAAAACUGGACCAAGAAGGGUUUUCCAAGGAGAAGCUGGACUCGUCUCCUCAGGGGAGGGCAUCACCAGUGUUGCCUCAAAGCCAUACCACUCAGCUGGUUUUAAAGUUCAAAGACCGUUCCAGUCCCACGCCGGCUUCCUUUUCGUCACCUAGCAACGGUGCCAAAAGGAGUGGACCCAUCCCAGUGUCUGCCCAUUAUAGCCAUACGCCCCCCGUCCAAAGGCAGAGCGUCAUUCACUUGCACGACUUCAACGCCAAGCCAUCCAGCUUCCAAGACGACGUCUACAAGCCCGUGGUGGGCACCCUCAAAACGUGUGCCACCUACCCUCAGCAAAACCGCUCAUUGUCCUCGCAGAGUUAUAGCCCGGCCCGGAUAGCCGACAUCCGUACGGUCAACACGGUGGAAUCCUUGGCCUACGCUCUGCCCACGGACCCCAAGUCGCAAACGUACACCAAUGGGUUUAACAAUAGCAACGACAUUAGAGACAGCUUAGAGUACGUGGACGAAGAGGCUCCACAAACCUGGUUGAACAAUGAGAAAAACCGCCAGAGGAGCACGGUGUGCCCUAUGUACGCCAUCCAGCAGAACCGUUGCAAGACGGAGAAUUGCUCCUUUUACGGCCGCCCCGAAACCAAGAACUUCUGUUCCUGCUGCUACAAGGAGGAACUCAAACGUAGGGAGCGGGAGAGUAAAAGGUCCCGGCAUUGAAGACCGUGGAGCUCUUCGAAUAAAUAUUUAUUUCCUUCUUUUUCUUACUUAGGACAUACUGUAUGUGGUAAGGGACUGAAAGAGGAAAGACCAGGGGGGGAUUCUAGAAAGCGCUAGCUUUUUAAAUUUUUUUUGGGGGGGCAGGGGUGGGGGGCAAGAAAAAAAAAAAAAAAAGAGAGAGUGAGGAUCCUUGGGUAAUCAAGAGUUGGUGGCUUCCCAUUUCGUUGGUGUCUUUUUUACAUACGCUGGUAGUCGGAGAGGAUCUUUACUUCUUUGUCAGUGCUGUAUCCGUGUGGUCAAAACUUUACUAAUGGUGCCUGAAUUCACACUGACAUCACUCAGGUAGUAGAAAGAUUAGGGGAAAAGUCAUAAAAAUAGAAGACGUGGUGUGGUAAGUGUACAAAUGUGUCUGCCUCAUUCUGUAGAUCUGAAGUAGGGAACUCUGGCUCUUUUAUGACGUGUGGACUUCAGUUCCCAGAAUUCAGCUUGUCGACUUGUGGACUUCAGCUCUCAGAAUUCCUGAGCCAGCUAUGCUGAAGUCCACAAGUCGACAAGCUGAAUUCUGGGAACUGAAGUCCACACAUCAUAAAAGAGCCAGAGUUCCCCACCCCUGUUGUAGAUCAUCUCCACGGAAGAAAUGUCAUGUUCCAUCGCUCUUCUUCCCUUUCUGUUUUUUUUUUAAAGGAAGCGAGCAUCGUAAAGGUGUAUUUAGCGCAUAUUAACUCACUAAUAUCCUUGCUAUAAACUGGUUUUUGUAACCUCCUUUUUUCCAUAGACCCACAAGUGAAAAGCAUGGGUCCAUGACAACAGCUUUUCUCACCCAACAGAAGCGUAUUCAUUCAUUCAUUCCUGUAAGUGAUCUCCGGUUUUGGGCCACAACAAUUGCUCAAGAUGGAAAGGUCUAUCCUUCAAUUGCACAACCUUGCCGGCUGAUAUUAAAAUAAGGCCCAACUCUCAUAUUAAAAAUGAGCACUUUACAGUUUAGGGUCGGGGGUAGUGCAGACCCUGAUGUGGUCAGCUUGUCGUCCUGCACUGCAGGCUGUAUCAUUCACUGAGUUUAGGAAUACGGUUAUUGCCACGUUAUUUAGUUAUAUUUUUCCCGGAUGUCGGUUCGUUCCAAACUAUCUGUAGCCUGUCACCCAGAUCCUUCCUUUUCCAGAGAAGACGACAAAAAUGGCCUGUAUUGAUUUGCACUGAUGUUAAAUUAUGGACACCUACUUUUGAAAAGCAAGUGAUGGUUUUUUUUUUCAGUGUGUGUUUUUUCUACACGUUCUCAAAUGUGGCCCGUCGACGUUUGGAUUCAGGAAAAGGACGAGCCGCUGAAUUUAUUUCAGCAAUUAUUUUAAAAACUCCAUUGAACCGAGAUUGUGGAUUUUUGAACCAUCUGGGUAACUUUUCUAGAGGCAUCGAAUUGUUUUGUCACAGGUCUCGUAUUGUAUAAAUGGGACAACCCUGAUUAUUUGUUUUACGAAUGGAUAGCUUUCUGCAGCCAGCAACCGUUAAAUAGUAAAAUCCAUCAAAAAUAUAAAUCAGAGUUAAAAUCAGCCAUAAGAAUUAGCAGAGGACAAUAAAGGGAAAGGUCGUUUGCAGCAAAAUAAGGCAGGUGGCUUUUUUGCUGCCAAUCCAAGUUCUUGAGAACAGCAUCUUCCAAUCUGCCAGCUGCUUCUAUACCCUUCUCCAGAACCGGCCUUGCAAAGAAACAAGAGAAAUUUUGCAGUGGAUUCCAAAUUGAUACCAUAUCUGAAUGUGUAGCCUUUGUCAACAUCUUAGUCAGUGAUCAUCCCCAUCAACUGAAGAUGCUAAACCUUCUUCAGAAGUCGCCUCUAGUCUUGGAGUAGGCAGACCGUGAAUCAGGGAAGAACAUUUUAUAGUGUCCAUGCAUAGCUGAUGAAAUAGUCAAAGGAGUCACACAGAAGCAAUUCUAGUUUCCACACCAAUCUUUUCUUCCUCGGAUAACUGUUCUUGAGUUUGGGUGGACUCCUCAGCUGCAUGCGUGAUCUUUCAGAAAAAGCCAUUCCACCUAUAAGGAAGAAUAGUCAUGGUAUCUCCAUCACUUCGGAUUUAAGUUAGAUUUAAUCAGGAAGACCUGAGGAAAAAGUGGCAGGAACCACUUUUAUCUUUCUUCUCUCUACUUUUCAAAGCCAGUGGUUUGUUAUAAAAACCACGAUGCAAUCCAUAAUUGGAUUCCUUUCUUUUCUGUGUGUGUUUUUGUCUUGUAGUCGUCUUCUUCAUUGGCAGACCUAAGCUGUUAGGGCAUAAGAAUGUGCUACAUUCUUAUACAGAGCAAUAUAACCUAACUCUUAGGAGAAUUUUUGUCUGCAUCUCAGCCUGUAUACAUCUUCAUCCACUCCGUUCCUUUGACUCCAUUCCAUUCAUAAAAAAGGGAAGGAAAACCAUUUGUCCCCAACUUGAAAGCACCUUCAAACAUCCAAGUGAUUUUGAAAAGCUCAUUCAAGAUCCUUACACCCAGGUGUAAGAAUUCCUUUCUUUGAUCAUGCAUCAUUUUAUAUUUGGUUCUGCCUCCCUAAAUAUAAAACAAUGGUGCCUACUCUCCAUAGUUAUUCACUCGUGCGUUUCACCCACCUUGUCGUAAGUCUUCUGGAGAGCCAAUCGCUGAUGCAUUCAUAUCAGCCUAGAAAAGGAAUGAGAAAGUUUCCUCAGCAUCUCGGAAUAAGUAUUUUAAUUUUGGAAGGUUGAAUAAUACUUGACUAUUAACAGUUUCUGUAUCUUUGGAAAGGUGUGGCAAUUCUUAGUUAAGACCAACUUUCCCUCAUAAAUGGCGUUGGGUUAUCACAUCUAUGGGCCCACACACCAGAAGAGUGUACCAGGAUGUGUACAGAAACCCUGAUUCCUAGCUUAUUCCUAGUCUUUGGGAAAUCUCAGAGAGAGAGAGAGAGAGAGAGAGAGAAAGAGAGAUGACUCUAUAUUAAUACUAAUUGGCUUUUUUUGUCAAUGUUUCCUCUAAGAUCUGGGAGGACGAACGUGUUGGAGAAUGUCUUUUCCAUGCCUUUUGUGCUUCCACUUUGGAAUCAAGAUAUUCAGCUGAGGUGGGACUGGGAUGUCUGACUCUUGAACUUUGUGUCCAGUUCAUUCCUAGGAGUCCCCCUCCCAGUACUGAAGAAGGCUGUGGGGUCUUGAUGUUCCUCUUUGGUUGUGGUGAUUGGUGAUUCAUUUCUUUGGCCAAAGAAACUAUGGUACCAGAUGGAGCAACCUGUGAUUGUAUUUCAUAACGUGUGUGUGUGCAUGAGAGAGAGAGAGAGGGAGAGAGACAGACAGACAAAGAAAUUGGACAUUGUUUUUAAGGGAGGGUGAGUUAAGUAAAUAUGUAUUAUUACUGAUGGAUUGGUGAAGGAACAGCUUUCACUAUUCCUAUGAAUACACUUCUGUAGGUGAACCCAAAGGUGUUUUUUUCAAGAGGCAACUGGUCUUCCUUUGUCUUUCCUUGAAGAUGUUUCGCUUCUCAUCCAAGAAGCUUCUCCAGUUCUGAAGGAAAAACCAAGGAAGUCCAGUUGCCUCUUGAAGAAGCACCUUUGGGACAACCACGACUUGGAUGACUGAGAAUCUCCACAGGCAUUCUGUAGGUGAAGUUAGUUAUCUAAAAAAUUGUCACUAAGAUGCUCUUCUUCUUUCUUUUGUUCAAAGACAUCUUUCUGCCACGAAUGAUGUCUUUUCAAAAUGAUGUAUGUAAACAGGUACACAAACAAGCAACAUAUAAGAUACGUUACCGGUCUUAAGGGAUGAAAUAAUUGAUGCUCUGCCCUGGAGCAAAAUAUCAGAUGUCUACUUGAAUCAUUCCACUGUUUCUCUUCUUCACAAUUUGAUUUGAAGCCUAAUCCUUAAAUUAUUGCAAAGACUAUAAUGACUAUGGAGUAGAGCUAUGCAAACACAAAUCCUUGAAAUAGCAAGAAGUCAAAAGUUAGUGGAGAAAGAAAGAAAAGAAAAAGAAAGAAAGAAAAGAAAAAGAAAGAAAGAAAAGAAAGAAAAAGUAUUACCACUAUUUACAGGAAGAAAACUAGAAAUACAUGAAAUAUAUGAAAAGUUGCUGGGAUUAGAACUUUUAUGAAAGAUUACUUGCAUUUUGUUUUUAAAAAAAGACUCAAAACUAUACAUUGUUAAUUUUUAAAAUGUAGAUUAAUGUUCUGUUCCUGAGAGAUUGUAUUUUAUCAAAGCCAAACAAGAUUUUACUAGAAAAUCUCUCUCUCUCUCUCUCUCUCUCUCUCUCUCUCUCUCUCUCUCUCUCUCAGAGUGUGAAUACAUGUGCAUACAAAGACUCCAACAUACCCACAAUCCGUUACGCUACUACUGUUUUAUUCCAUUUGUGUUGUACAAAUUUGUGAGUUGGGUCAGGGGUGGGACAAGUGGAUAUUGUAGACAAUUCAGUGUGUUAAGGGCUAGGGGUAUUCCUGGAAGUGAAUUCUAAGUGAAGAAUGUAGUUGUGCAAAAAAACAGUUCCAAUGUAGAUGUCGGAAUUGGGGGCGGGUUGUGCAAAAAGAGAGGAUUUUCUACACAAGCCCUGCUGAAAUGCACAGGAGUCUCUCAAGGACAACUUAAUACACACCUGUCAUUUCAGUGGCCCUUCUGUAAGAAUUUUUUUCUGAUGGAUUAUCCUCUUUAUUUGGUGUGUCAGACCUUGGAACAGUGGUUGAAUGUACUUAGUGUUGCUAACUGCUCUGGGCAAAGCAAUGUUUUUACAGAUAAAUUUUUUUAAAAAAAGAUUUAUGUUUAAAAUAUACAUAAAUAAUAAGAGGGAAGUUGCAUUGAAGAAAGUAGGCGGUUUUCUGGACAGGUUUGAGCCAUUCUACUAAUAUUAUUAAAAGAUAAAAAUUAUGCAAAAAGUUUAGCCUUUCUUCUAUAGCGCAAAAGAGCUAAGGGAAGGUUCGUAAGCAAAUGAUACCUAGGCAUUCUCAUACUUUGUAAUAAUUCACUUAAAACAAGUAUUUCAAAGGGCUAAUGAAUGAAUAAAACAUGAUCCUCUCGUGUUUACAGAGAAGUUGUGUUGUGUGUAUGGUAGAUGUUUUUCAGCACAUCUACAGGACGUUUUGCAGCAGGUCAUUAGAAGCAAAAGUUGAACUGGGAAGCCAGGUUUUUCUCUAAGACUGGUGCCCUUUUCCACCUUCGGUUAAUUACUCAUUGUUCUUCUUGCAAAACAAAUAACAACGGCAACAAUAAUGGCCAUUUCCUAGGAAAAACACAUCAUGCUUUCACUUUCAAUGCCUCUGCAGUUUCCCCCCAUUGUUCCUAACUGAAAUAUCUAAAACGGGAAAAAGCAUGAAGGGAAUUGGCAAGAUGAUCAAUGAAAGAUGAUGUGUUUGGACCUCCCCAUAACAUUCUGGAAAGGCGAUAGAACUAUUGUGUACCUGUUGUGUAGCAAUAGCUCUGGUAACCCUGUGUGCAAAUUCUUCUAACUCAAUAUGGAUUCCUCUAACUCAGUGAGUUUCAACCUCAGCAACUUGAAGAAAUGUGGACUUCAACUCCACAAAUUUCCAUGUUGCCAAAGUGGGGGAACCCUGUUCUAACUCAACCUGCAAUCUCAUUCUCCAGAUUAAAUCACGGCCUUGAUCCAGGAUCAGCUCAGUGUGUGAAUAAUGCCUGCCUUGUUUCCUGGGAAGCAAGUGCAAGUUAAGUACUUCGGUGCUGUUGAUUUGAAAUAAUCAGAUUAUCCUCCUCACAUUUUCAAGAGACGUGAAAGUCCAUCUAUCCCUUGUAAGCAGGGCAGACAGGAGGGGAAAAAUUCAAAUUCUACAGGAAAAUAUUGUGCAGUUACAUGCGCAUUCCAAUCAAAAUGAAAGUCAGUCUCUCCCUUUGAAAAAAACCCUGAUGUUAAAUAUAAUAUGGGGGAUGUAGCCCCCAACAUUUUGAAAAGCACCGUAAGCAGUAAUGGGUAGAUUCCAGAAUUUCUUACUGUACGUCGAAGAAGGGAGAGAAAGUGUACCUAAAAGUCUGGGGAAAAUGCAGAGUGAGAUGUUGGCUAUGAGCUCCAUUUCCUAAGAGUCUCUUUAAUUGUUGAGUUGAAAGCAAGUAGCAAUGUGCAAAUGCUGUUUAUUGCUGGUUAAAAAUCUAUGUGCAAAUGCACACGGUUACAAAAUAUUCAACAAGGGCCAGACUAUAUAAAUGGAAAUCAAUCUAAAUCUACUCUAAAAAGAUUCCAAAAUCGUAUUAUUUAGAAUGUCAGAUCCAAAUUAGGAGUGUCAUGUCUUCAUAACAAUGGCAGUAGAAGAAUAUGCCUCUUUUUUUAUUAUUUACCCGUAUCUAUUCAAUUCUGUUGAUCUCUAAGAGUUUAUUGUGAAGGUAUAAAGUUAUUAUAGUGGUGGAUUGGUGAUAUUCUCCUUCAUUCUGAGGGAAAAUGCUUGAUCUUGGGGUAAAAAGCCAGCAAUGAAAAAUUAUAGCUGUCCCUCAUUCCGAAUGGCUUUUCACCCCUGAUGAUGUUUGAAUCUCUUACAACGUACGACCAUCUAGCUUUAAAGCUCUGGCAAAAUUUACGGAAUUCUUGCAGAAUAGAACAUAGCCUGGAAUCCAAAUUACUUCAGUUGGUUGUUUGCACACUUGCUUUUCCUGUAUACACGAUGGUUCUUUUUUUAAAACAAAAGGAAAAAUAAUGAUAAUAUACUGUUUUUUUAAAACAAGAAUCCCUUAAAGGAAGGUGUUUGUAAAUGUUUUGUUUGUAGACAUAAAAAAGGCUGUAUUGUGUUGGAAUUUUACAAGCCAAGUUUAAAUUAUAAUAUAGAAAAUUAUUUUUAUAUUAUUUUCAAAAUAUGCUAUGAAGCAAUAUUUUGCGCCUUUAUUAUUAUAGAGUCGUUGUCAAUUUAGUAAGUUGGUGUGGGAACUGUGGUAGUAAUAACCUUGUGAAGGAAGCUUUGUAAGUGUUAUGAAACAAUCUGAAUGCGUUUUGUCUGUGUUUGCCUACUGAAAGUUGCAAUACAGAAUGAUUUUUAUUGAAAA